AUGAUACAGGCGGAUACAGAAAGACUUGGCUUCCUCCCACUGGCUGAGUGGGACGAACACAACAGCUAUGAAGAGGAAACACCGAGCCAUCUGCGCUACUCGAUUGAGUGGAAGAUAGCCGUCGACAAUGGAGCCAUCGCCAAGGACACAGAGCAGGAUGUCGUCUUGGCACCUGCUGUGUACUGGCGCAUGUACCUUCAGGCCAAGGUUGAGAAGCUUGUAGACAAGAAGCUGCCACGCAGCAGCCACGUAGAGCUGGACGAUAUCAGCGUUGUAGCAUCGGUGAAAGACCGCUCAGAGAGCGACUUGACAAGGCGGUUCGACGACAUGAACAUUGACUGGUCGGUGGUAGAGAGGCAGUUUGUGCAAUGGAGCGAGCUGUUCCGUGCUGGCAAGAGGCUAAAAGUGAACCUUGCUUUCAACUAUACAGACUCCGUCUCCUCGUCCUCGGUUGCAGCGAGCCGUGGAACCAAGAGGGGCUCGUAUGCUACUCAGCGAAUGCUCGCCGACCGGGCCUCCCAGCUCGAUGCCGAGCAACAGAGUAGCGGGCAGCCCUCUGCCUGGAACCAGCGACGACUCGAACGGCGCACGACGACCAGUGGCGCGCUAACGCCGAGUCUUCCCCCAAUCACGAUCAACAACGUCAUGCCGUCUCCAGCUAGCGAGUCGCCCUCAUCUGCAUUGGUUAGUAGCGGUGCGAUGUACAGGCGGCCAUCAUCAGGAAAGUGCUGUCUUGACAUCCCCGGCCCUCGCGACAUAGCCGUGGCAGCGUAUGGCGACUGGCAGCAGUUCAAGGUGGUGGACCAGACGCUGCAGCUUGAGUACCAAAAGGCGUGCGAUGUGACGCUGCGGGACGGACUAGACUUAGAGCAGGUGUUUGAGGACCAAGACGCCGACUUCUUCAUCCAGAGCGGAGUCAAGCGGGGAGUGGCACGUCGGUUCGUCAGAGACAUUGAGACAUGGGCUGAGCUAUAUAAAGUGGAGUAUACAAGGGACAAGGAAGACUAG